CUUAUUCAAUACUUAUACAUGGUUGGUAUUAUUAAAUGUGGUAUAAUAGUUAUAUCAAUCGACAAUCAUAUAGUUGGUAGGUAAUUCUUAGUUUUAAAUUACAGAAAUUACGAAACAGCAUUUUUAAGUUUUCAUUAGUAUAGUAACACUAGUAAGUAGUAACUCAUUAUUCUAUUCUACACAUUAAAAGUUUAAAUCAUGUUUUUAAAUAUUGCUAAAAAUAUGUCGCUGACAAAAAUCAUUUCAAGAAACUUCAGCAUAACUACAGCUAGGCACAGAAUAAUUAAAAUUCAAGAUCAAGAAGACUUCAAUACACAAGUACUAAAAAGUAAAGAGCCUGUGGUAAUAGAUUUUUUCGCAACAUGGUGUGGACCAUGUAAAAUGUUACUUCCGCGAAUUGAAAAAAUAGUAGAAGAACAUAAUGGUAAAAUUCAUCUUGUAAAAGUUGACAUUGAUGACAAUGCUGAAAUUGCCAUGGAAUAUGGUGUAUCAGUAGUACCAGAAUUAAUUUUAAUGAAAGAUGGCAAAGUUCAAGGAAAAAUGAUUGGACUACAAGACGAAGAUAAACUUAAACAUUUUGUUUCACAGUUAACUGAGACUAGUAUCGAAAAAAAAUAAUGUAUUACACUUAUGAAAUUUUUUAUAGGUAAUUGAAUUCAGUUAGGUUUAUGGUUUUCAUGCUAUUUAUUUAAUUUUUAU